AUGUCCGCGUCGUCGUCGUCCCAUCCGGGGGCGACGUUCGGUCCGAUAGACAUUCCGUCGACGCAAAUAUUUCAUGAGACUCCCACGACGUUCGCGCUGGUGAAUCUCAAGCCCGUCGUCCCGGGACACGUGUUGGUGUGCCCGCGACGCGUGGCGCGCAAAUUCACCGACCUCUCCGACGACGAGAUCGGUGAUCUCUGGCGAACCGUCGCCGCGGUGCAGCGCGUGAUGGAAAGAGUGUACGAUACGACGUCGAGCACGUUGGCGAUUCAAGACGGCCCACUCGCCGGGCAGAGCGUCCCGCACGUGCACGUGCACGUCUUGCCGCGACGCGAAGGUGACUUUGCGCGAAACGACGACGUCUACGAUGAGCUCGAGAAAUGGCGCGCCUUAGACGACGAUCGCGCGCCUAGGACCGCGGAGGAGAUGAAAUCCGAGGCCGACGCGCUCAGGGUGAUGUUUUGA